CCUGUCCAAUUAUAAGCCCUAAAACCCUUAAAAACCCCUCGAAGCCCUAGAAAACAUCUCAAUCCCUCUCUUUCUUCUUCAAUUCUCCAAUGGCGGUCGCCUGCUUGGACGAGAGCAUGGCAGCCAAAGUGCUCCGUCAGGUGGAGUUCUAUUUCAGCGACAGCAAUCUUCCAAGAGACAAAUUCUUGAGGGAAACUGUUAAUAAGAGCGAAGAUGGAUUGGUGAGCUUGGCUUUAAUAUGUUCAUUUGCUCGGAUGAGAAACCAUCUCGGUUUGGGUGAUGUGAAGGGGGAGGGGGUGCCGGAGGAGAUGGUGUUGGCGGUGGCGGAGACAUUGAGGAAGUCUACUUUGCUCAAAGUUUCUGAAGACGGGAAGAAGGUUGGUAGGACGACUGAACUAUCAAAGCCGGAGGAGGUAAUUGAGCAAGUAGAUUCAAGAACAGUUGCAGCAUCUCCUUUGCCGUAUGAUGUUACGAUUGAAGAUAUGCAGUCCAUUUUUGGCCAACAUGGGAAGGUGAACAGUGUGAGAUUGCCACGUCGUUUUCGUGAUAAAAGAUAUUUUUGUGGCACUGCAUUGAUUGAGUUUUCAGAAGAGGAGGAUGCCAAUAAGGUUUUGAGUGCAAGCAUGGUUUUUGCUGGUGCGGAGCUAGAGAUGAAGCCCAAAAAAGAUUUUGAUGCUGAAAGAAGAAAGAAGUGGGAAGAUAUUGAAAAAGCUCAUAAUACUUCAACAAAUGGGGGCUACCCGAAGGGCUUGAUUGUUUCGUUUAAGUUGAAAAACAUUACACCUGAAGGGUCCAUAGAAGAAAAUGGUCAGAGUGCGGAGGUCAACAAUGAAGUACCAGACACUAAGGGAAAGGUAACUGAGAUUGCUGAAAUGAAAACCUCAGAAAAUGAUGUUGAUGAUGAAGGAAAAUCUGCAGAACAUGUUGAAAAGGGAAAUGGCGAAAAGGUUAAUGAAGAUCUCAUCGAAGAGACCAACAAAAAAGCUGAUAAUGCCUUACAAGGUGAGGUUAAGGGCACUAAUGGUUUAUCAGUGGAAGGUGGAGAGAAGAAUGCCAACUUAGCUGACAAUGAAAAUGUAGUUGCUCGAGAGGAUCUGAAGAAGAUCUUCCAAAAGUUUGGAAAUGUUAAGUUUGUUGAUUUUCGGAUGAGUGAGAAAUCAGGAUACAUCCGAUUUGAGGAUCCUGAUUCUGCUGUUAAAGUUCGUGCUGCAGCUGUGUUUACCGAUGAAGGCGGCUUCAUUGUCAAAAAUCAUAUUGCUACAGUAGAAGCACUAUGUGGUGAUGCAGAAAAGGAGUACUGGAGCAAGCUCCGUGGUAAUCAAGAGAAGUACAGGGAAAAUAAAGGAAAUAAUUACAGGGGAAGGGGUAGGGGCAGCAAGGUAAAUAGACAAACCGAUGGCAAGAGACAGCGCCAAGCUGAUUCAUUCAGCGGGCGACCUAAUAAAGCUCAGAAAGUUUUAAGUUGAUGAUGCGAAUGAGUAAAUCCUUUUUUGUAGUUUUGAGCUUGGCUCCAAUGCACUUCUCUGCUGUUCUGUGCAACGAGCUAAAAUUUUGAUUGUGAGCGCAUAUCAAUUCCAUUUCUCAUUUAAAUUGUGCUGCAGUUAUUAAUAAGACUAUAUUUGUAGUUCUUGAGUUACAUAAGUCGUGUCAAAUGGUAUUUUAUUGUGAACAAUGCGAUCUUUGCUCAGAAUGUCACCAUCUUUUUUUGUCAUGCA